AUGGAAGAAAAUCUUUUGAAUGAAAUCGAAAAUUUUACAUCUGUUAAAUACCUCGAUGAUGUGACUAAUAACGACAUUUGCUGUAACGAAGAUGGACAAGAUAAUGCAUUGAUUAAUCAAUUAGCAAUUAAAGAUCGGCAGUUGAUCUUGGCAGCGAAAUGUGGUAAAGUUUUGUUAGAACAAAAAGAAGAACUCGAACGACAAAUCGAUAUAAUCACUCGAGAUUAUCAACAAAGAAUCGACUCACUGGAACAAGAACGACAUGAAUUACGUCUACUCGUUGAACAAGUGCAAAGUGAAUGUGAAACGAAAAUCAUUGAAUCGAACGAAGACAAAUACGAAUUAUGUCGGCAAUUGGAUGAUUUUCGUCGCGAACAGCGUCUUCACGAUGAACAACAGACGCACACAAUUCAAGAAAUAACUGAAAUUAAUUAUAAACUAUCACAAGAAUUACAAACUAGUCGCACAACCGAAUCGAGAUUGCAAGAACAAUUGAGAAUAUUACGACAACAAUCUGAUACCGUAUGUCAAACGAAUACAGAACAAACACAUCAAUUGUAUACCGUAAAACAACAGUUCGAUAAUCUUCAUAGUCAACAUCUUCAACUGGAACUUGAUCAUCAUCUACUACUCGAAGAACGUGAUACGUUAGCACAUAAACUGGACGAAUGUCAUCGAAAAUAUGUUGCUAUCGAAGAUGAAUAUCGUUCUUUACAAGAAACAAAAUUCCAAAAUGAAAAAGAACUAAACGAUGCACAUGAAUUAAUCCAUCGUCUGUCGCAAUAUAAUCCAGAAAAUCGUGUACCGACAUCAUUUAUGCAAGAAUUACAAGAUGAUUUCGGUAUCUAUCCACAUCCAGCUACUCGGCUGAAUUCAACGGUCAUUGAUGAAGACGAUAAUGUUAUUGAAGAUAGUCCAAUGGAACAAGGAGAACACGCUGAUGAUGAUGAUCAUCAUCAUGCAGUUGAAACAUCGCAAGUACAAAGCAAUUCAUUCAUUAAUGAAAAAUGUCUGCUAGACGAACUUCUCCAAACAGAAGAGUUCAAACGUGAAAUUGUUCUUGUCUACAAGCAAUUACGCUCUCUUUGUUUGGAGUUAAUUUAUAUUCAUACUCAUACCUAUUCGAAUAAUAUAUCGACAACAUCUUCUUCGAUCAGCGAUACUGUAGAUAAAGUUUACGAUCGUCUUCAAAAUGGUUGUUUAAUCAGUAUAUUAUUCGAAUUGAAAAAUUUAAUCAAAGAUAUGAUUGAACAUGAAGAUGUGAUUGAAUUCAAAACUGAAAAAGAUAUUGCACCAAAUUCGAAAACUAUCCUUCCAUCGCCAUCGCUAGCGACAAUGAAUAGUUAUACAUCAGCUUAUGAUGAUAUGAAUUUUAUACUUGUACCUUCAUCUCCGCAAAUACGACAAAAUCUGACACCAUCGACGGGAAAAUUGCUAAGACUUGACGUUGGUUUCACUACUGGUUUAUAUGAACCGCCAAAACGUAUACUUGUUGUUUGUUCCAGCCAUUCACGAGGUGUAUAUUUAAGUGAAUUCGCUGAGUUGUACAAUAUACUACGAAGAAAAUUUCAAGGUAAAGAAGGUGUUGAAUUUGUCAUUGCUUCACCGAAAGGAGGAUCUAUUCCGAUUGAUCCGACAUCUCAUCCACGUGCCGAAAUUCAACGCGAAGAGUGGUCAUCAGCGAUACGUCUGCUUUCACAACCAUCGCAUCAUCUUCUAGAUGAUCAGCAUGCUCAUGAUUAUGACGCUGUUUAUUUGCCUGGAGGACAUGCGCCAAUGUUUGAUUUAGUCGAUCAUCCUCAUUUAAAACAAUUAUUACUAGAUUUCGAUAUGCAAAUGAAACCUAUUGCUGCGAUAUGUCACGGUGUUGUUGCACUAAUCAACGUUCGUCGAAUAAAUGAUACGCAUUCAUUUAUUCAAGGUCGAGUCCUGACCGGCUUUUCGUUAGAAGAAGAAUUGCUUUCGACCAAUGAAGGCGAAAAUCUUGUAGAAAAGAAUCCAUUCAUCUUGGAAACAAAACUUAAAGAUCACGGUGCCAUUUAUAUCAAAGCAAGUCCGAAUAAAGAACAUGUCAUUCAAGAUGGCCUACUACUGACCGGACAAAACCCAACAAGUACUAAACAAUUAGCCCAUCGUUUUAGUGAAUUGAUUGAGCAAUGUGCUGCUCAGAACUAUCAACAAGUCAAUCUAACUUCAUCCCUACCGAAGACAAUCAUAACAAGUCAUGUUGCACUUACCAACAGCAAUCCGAGUUUAUUAUCGCGAUUGAAAUUAGCUCAUCUCGAAUACAUUCAACGACACCAACAUCUGAUUGUCUUUAGUGGAUCAACAUUAUUUACGGAUACGUCAAAUCUGACACAUCAAGAUUCAUCAACAAUGGUUAUUCUAUUAGCAACAAGCGAUCUGAAACAAGCACAACGUUUUAUUGAACAUGAGCCCUAUACUGCUUCGAAACAAAUAUUUGAUGUAACUCAUAUAAAACCAUUUAAAUCGUUAUUACCAAGUGCGAACAAUCAAUAUUUGUUGAAUUAUCAUAUCCAACAAGAGUUGUUCAAAGCACAUCAUCAUCAAGCACGUAAUUGA